AUGGAAAAUUCCGUAAUGGACAAGUGGAUGCGAGAUCAGGCUGAAUGUUCCCUCACCACCUUUACCAGAGAAAGACCUUCGGAAAUGAUUCUCUUUAGUGUUGCUUGUACAUCUCCUGUGUUUUCUCAUCAAACGUUGAGUGAAACGAUUAUGGAUCGAAAGGAAAGAUAUUCACCCCUUCGGGAAUUCCUCAACAACCACUUAAAAGAGCUUGAGGAAGAGGUCUAUUUGUCUAGAUUUAAUGAGAGGGUUGUUGUGGGGGAAGAGGAAACUUCAAUUCAGGAUUAUGAAAAAGAGCUUCUCAAACCCUAUUACUUAGUUAAGCGAUGUAAGAAAUUGUUUUGGCUGCUGUUCGACAGAAUGGAAGAGCACUUGGAUAUGCAUCGGAAGAGUUGA